CGCCAGCCUGGGUAACAAGAGCAAAACUCCCUCUCAAAAACAAAAAAAGACUUCUGCGAUGACUUCUAAGAGUUAGAAACAGGUUUUGAGAAGUUACGUGGCUUGCCCAAGGUCACAUAGCAAUUUUGUUGCGCAGGUGGCCGAAACCCAAGCCUAUCUAAUUCCCAGUACAGCAUGCUUUCUUCUCCCUGGCCAUGGCCUUGCCCUUUCUCUUAUCUCCCGUCUGCUUUGCCUCUUCUCAGUCUCUGUCCAGUAGGAUGAACUCAGAGAACCUCACCCGGGCCGCGGUUGCCCCUGCUGAACUCGUCCUCCUGGGCAUCACAAAUCGCUGGGACCUGCGUGUGGCCCUCUUCCUGACCUGCGUGCCUGUCUACCUGGUGAGCCUGCUGGGAAACGUGGGCAUGGCGCUGCUGAUCCACAUGGAUGCCUGGCUCCAUACACCUAUGUACUUCUUCCUGGCCAACCUCUCCCUGCUGGAUGCCUGCUAUUCCUCCGCCAUCGGCCCCAAGAUGCUAGUGGACUUGCUGCUGCCCCGAGCCACCAUCCCUUACACAGCCUGUGCCCUCCAGAUGUUUGUCUUUGCAGGUCUGGCUGACACCGAUUGUUGCUUGCUGGCAGCCACGGCCUAUGACCGCUACGUGGCCAUCAGAAACCCACUUCUCUAUACAACAGCUGUGUCACAGCGUCUAUGCCUGGCCUUGCUGGGGGCAUCAGGCCUGGGUGGGGCAGUGAGCGCCUUUGUUCACACAACCCUCACCUACCGCCUGAGCUUCUGCCGCUCCUGGGAGAUCAAUAGCUUCUUCUGCGAUAUCCCUCCAAUGCUGGCCAUCUCGUGCAGUGACACCAGUCUCAAUGAACUCCUUCUCUUCGCCAUCUGUGGCUUCAUCCAGACAGCCACGGUGUUAGCUAUCACGGUGUCUUAUGGCUUCAUUGCUGGCGCUGUGAUCCGCAUACGCUCGGUCGAGGGCAGUUGGCAAGCAGCCUCCACCUGUGGCUCCCACCUCACAGCCGUGGCCAUGAUGUACGGGACACUCAUUUUCAUGUACCUGCGCCCCAGCUCCAGCUAUGCCCUGGACACUGACAAGAUGGCCUCUGUGUUCUAUACCCUGGUCAUCCCGGCUCUCAACCCACUCAUCUACAGCCUCCGCAACAAGGAAGUCAAGGAGGCCCUCAGGCAGACCUGGAGCCGAUUCCACUGUCCAGGGCAGGGGCCCCAGUGAUUGGUCCAGGGAGGCUGGGUAGGUCUGACUAUGAGGGGAUGAGGAGGUCAGGGCCU